GGAUUCAAAGACCAUGUCAACAUAACUCUGCAGGCUCUCGCACUGUCCGACCUCUGCUGCUCUCUGACAAUGUUCUGGUCAGCCAUAGCGGAGACCGUGUACGUCAUCAGGCCACCGCCAUUUUUCUUCGAACCUUUCAGCCUCCUUGUGAUGACCGGAAGUUUCCCUAGACUCAUCUUCACGCGAGUGACCAGCUGGUUGACGGCACUUAUCGCCCUCGAGCGCUGUGUCUGCGUGGCACUCCCGUUUAAGGUCAGGGUCAUCUUCUCCCCUAGAAAUUCCUCACUGAUCACUUUCAGCGUCUUCUCCGUCGUCUUCACCAGCCACAUGUUCAUCUAUUACUCAAGGUCAUUUCAAAUGGUUUACAACCCACGAUUCAACAUGUCACAGGUUGUCAUGGCAACCGUUCAAGAACGAGUUAAAGACAGCUUCUACAUCAGCACAACCCUUUUCAUCUGUCUGCCGUUGGUCAAUUACUUUUUCAUUCUAUCUUGCACACUGAUGAUGUUGUGGAGGUUGAAAAUAUCGACAACAUGGCGGACCUCGGCCCAGGCAGGUGUCACGGGCAUGAGUAAACCGGAAAUGGCUGUCAGAAACCAACAAAACGCCGAGAAACUAAUUCAGUCCGAUGACGUCAUUGCUCGUAAAGUGAACGUCUCUAAGGAAAAGCGUCUCACCAAGAUGAUAGCAACCACGACUUCCGUUUUCAUCGCUUGCAGCACUCCCAUUAACGUCGCUCUGGCUGUCACGCUGUUCGUCCCUGGCUUUCAGUCGACGGGAGACAACAGCCUGGCCUACACGACGAUGCAUAUGUUUGGCAACUUGAUGGAGACAAUCAACUCCAGCGUUGGUUUGUUUGUGUACUACCACCAGAGUUCAAAGUUCAAA